AUGAGUGAUGAAAAUGAACAACACAAAGAUGCGCUCCUCCAAGAAAUGAGUGAGUACAAAAACAACAGCAAGAAAUUCCCUGAUAUGCUGAGCAGUUACGUAAAGGAGAAUAUCUCUGACCAGCGGCUCGCAGAGAGAUUUCUAAAAGAAUUCGAUGACUCCUACUUAAAAAUUCUGAACCUUGAUGAAUUGGAGCUUCUCUGCUCGUUCAUCCUGAAGAGGAAAAACAUCCAAGUGAAGUAG